UGACGCCUGAAUGUUGUGUCUGCGGGGAAGAUGGCGGACUCAGUAGCGACUGGUCUUGCGGACGAAAACGAGACUGAAAAUGAGGAUAAUGAGAGGGAGAAACGACUCUUCGGCGGUGUCAAAAAGACGGAGAAACAAGCCGCUGCGUCAGACCUUACAGAAACUCUGGGGUUUUACGAGAGGAAGGCGAAAUGCAAGGAGAGGAAGAGCAAUGUGUCAGAUCUCUCUCUUGUGAGGUUUAUUAGUGCUGAGUUGACUAGAGGAUAUUUUCUGGAACACAAUGAGGCCAAAUACACUGAGCGGAGAGAGAGGGUCUAUACCUGCCUGCGUAUUCCAAAAGAACUGGAGAAGCUGAUGAUGUUUGGGUUUUUCCUGUGCCUGGACGUGUUUCUGUACGUGUUCACUCUGCUGCCUCUCAGAGUGCUGCUGGCCCUGAUCAGACUGCUGACACUGCCCUGCUGCGGACUCAGGGCUAGUAUAUGCCCCUACUGCAAAAAGAGCAGUGGAUCUCGUAUCUUGCAACCUGCUCAGGUGUGUGAUGUUCUGAAGGGUUUCAUCAUGGUUCUGUGUUAUUUCAUGAUGCAUUAUGUGGAUUACUCCAUGAUGUACCACCUGAUUCGGGGUCAGUCUGUCAUAAAACUCUACAUCAUCUACAACAUGCUGGAGGUGGCAGAUCGUUUGUUUUCAUCUUUCGGUCAGGAUAUUCUGGAUGCUUUGUACUGGACUGCCACUGAACCAAAAGAGAGAAAAAGAGCUCAUAUAGGAGUCAUCCCACAUUUUUUCAUGGCAGUUCUUUAUGUCUUUCUACAUGCCAUUCUGAUUAUGGUUCAGGCCACCACUCUGAACGUGGCUUUCAAUUCACACAACAAGUCACUGCUCACCAUUAUGAUGUCUAAUAAUUUUGUUGAGAUCAAAGGAAGCGUAUUCAAGAAAUUUGAGAAAAAUAACCUCUUCCAAAUGUCCAACAGUGACAUCAAGGAACGAUUUACAAACUACACUCUCCUACUAAUCGUCUGUCUCAGAAAUAUGGAGCAGUUUUCCUGGAAUCCAGAUCAUCUAUGGGUACUGUUUCCUGAUGUUUGUAUGGUGAUCGCCUCAGAGAUUGCAGUGGAUGUUGUCAAACAUGCCUUCAUCACAAAGUUUAAUGACAUUACAGCAGACGUCUAUAGUGAAUACAGAGCGAGCUUGGCAUUUGAUCUGGUCAGCAGCAGACAGAAGAAUGCAUACACAGACUACAGUGACAGUGUGUCCAGGAGAAUGGGUUUCAUUCCUCUUCCUCUUGCUUUACUGUUGAUCAGGGUGGUGACCAGCUCAGUGAAGAUCCAGGGCUCUCUGUCUAUUGUUUGUGUUGUGCUCUUCUAUUUGGGUAUGAUCACCCUGAAGGUGCUGAACAGCAUUGUGCUAUUGGGAAAAUCCUGUAUGUAUGUGAAAGAGGCAAAUAUGGAGGAGAAGCUGUUUCAGAAUCCCCCCUCUGCAGCUCCCAGCAGAGUGUCCAGCAGAGCCCACCGCACCAAACACACACGCGAGCCACCAGGUGAGCCAGCGGAGGAGGACAUGUCUGCCUCAGUCACCACUCAACCCACCCAAAGGGAUGAAUGUCCCGCCCCUCAGAUCCCCACCAGCGAAUCAGAUCAGUUCCUCACUACACCAGAUGAAUCCGAAGAGAAAAGCCUUAUUCAGGACGAUACCGAACUUAAACACAGGGCGCCCAAAAAAGACUUGCUGGAGAUUGACCGCUUUACUAUCUGUGGUAACCGAAUCGACUGACACUAACGCCUACCAUCAAGUUUAAGAGUGACGCCAGGCACUCUGCCCGCCCUCUCUGCCAGCUUGAUUCGUUUGACAUUUGAACCUGAGCUCCUUGGAACGGGACUGCAAGAAACUGCAGGAUAUUUAUUAUUAAGUGAUGCACCUAAUUUAUUUAAGACUUAUAAACAGACAAUCGCACCGACACACACACACACACACACAGUUUUUAAGCGAUUGGAGUCCACCCAGUGACGUUUCCAAGCUUUUAAAAGGUUCAAGAUCACCAGCGGAGGUCACCUUUGGACGGCAGGAAAGAUUUUGGUCUGAUGGUCAUGUACUUAACCUUUCAAAGGGGGCAUUCAGUUAUGGCAAAAAGAGAACGGGAUGAAUUAUAUUCCUAAAGUACAUAGAUUCCAUUUAUUAGUGGAAAAAUAGUGGGGUUCAAAUAAUCACAAAAUGUAAUAUACAAAAAUUCAUAACUGUUUUUUUUUUUCAUUCAUAAUUUUUCUAUUUAAAAAUGUCCCUUCUCCUCAAAAUACUUUUAAUUUGAAAUAUUACCGUGUUCCUUGUCAGUCAAUACUGAAAUGUAAUUACAGGUGUGUUCCACGGGUUUUGUUUUUGUGUUUUUGAAUGAAUGCAGACCGCAGGCAGAAAUAGCGUAUCACUAUUUUAUUUAUUUAUAUUUUUAAGAGAGUUGCUCAUUUCAGUUUAUGUGCAGGGUUUCCUGUGACAAAAAAAAAUAGUGUUUUGCAUCCUUUGAGGUAAUGACCUUUUAAAAGGCUGUUGUGAUACUGUGAUGAAACGCAUGCUUGUGGAUUGAGUGAAGUGCUUUACAAGUCAGCGUCUGAAUUAAAGGAUCAUACAUUUUUACAACAUGGUCGCAUGGAACCAGAAAAUUGAAGCAUAAUAUCAUAAAUGAAGCUAAAUUGAAGCAGUGAAACAUUUCCCUUUAAGGAUAAAACUUUUUUGGUUUUUUUUUUCCCCGCAAGCUCUUGGCAUCUUAUUGUACCAAGAGCAGCGUAUUAGAUGAACAAUCGUCCACUGGUGCUGAUGUUGGGAGCAGAUGAGAAAUAAUCGAUUGCCAACAUUCCAAAAGUCAGAAUCUUGACCAAAGCAAAGUAGGAUAUACAACCUUUUGCUAAUAUCUAAGGUGUAUUUUAAAGAAAAAAAGGGCCUGUUGACCCCAAGUAUACAGUUUUUGCAAGUCAGUAAGCAUCAGAAUCCAGUAAUGUGAGCUAAUAACAGUGAGCUUCAUAAUAACCUACUUAUCAGUUGACAGUGACAUUUGUGAAAGCCUGUGAUUAGUCAUAAUGCAUCAUGUGUAGUACUAUAGAAAUUAUUGGAAUGCUUUUUCAUCAUAGACAAUAAUGUUUUAUACAUUUGCUUUACAUAACGGACCACACUGUCUUAAAAAGUAUUUUUUGUGAUGCACUAACAUUUCUUAGUACUACAGGAGAUUAGAAUUUAAGUUGUUUUUCUCUCAGUAAUGACAACAUGUUUUGUAUUUCUGUUUCUGUUUUUUUAUUUUGGACUGAUUUUGGAAUUUGUCUUUGCUGUAUUACAAAUGUAUGGCUGUGAUUGCUUUGCUUUGUAAUAUCAUUAAGAUACACUCAGUCAGCAUGUCGACAGCCGUCAUAUUGAGUAAGGUGCUCCGUUUUUUCACAAAAGGUUGAUUUAAUUUAUCGUUUCAUAACUUGUAAAUUGAAAAUAUCAACUAUGCCAAGGAAUUGUUUACCCAGUUAUCAAACUAAUGCAAACUCUGAAUCACACUUUUUUCAAAACCUCCUCAGAAGCUUUCUCUUGACUUAAACUGCCAAAAUGAUGCUUUUUUUUUUGCAUUUUAAACAUUGAAGUUAGAAAUACUCCUUGUUUUUGAAAGUAAAAGAUGCUCGGUUUUGUUUUCGGUGUAACUGCCUGUGCAUUCCCAAAGGUUCGGUCUCCUUUAGACUCUUGAAAUAAGGCUGAAGCUGAACUGCACUGGAUAUGGAUCGCUACUAUGAUUUUGCUUGACAGAACUCGCUUCCACUUAUUUGGAAAAGCAAAAGAAAAAAAAAUUCAACCAUCCCAAGUUCUUUCAAUACUGCUGGACUUCACUACCGUUUUGUUCUCACUGGUCAAUAUCAUGUUGUUGUUUUUGGUGUUUUUUUUUUGUACCGAGAUCGGCUCCAAGGUUCUUACAACUUGUUUUUCCUGUAGAAACUGAAGAGGAAUGACAAUGUCCAAUCCCUUGUAUGGGAUGUUUUAGAGACAGAAAUGGGGAGAGGAAUCAGGGCGUUAUGUUAAUUAAAGUUUUGUUGUUUUGUA